AUGACGUCCCCGUUCCUCACACGGAACACCAUAGCCGACAAAGAUAGCCUUGCCCUCUUGCAACUCCGCCGCGACCAGAUCGUUCCGACCAUCCUCCGCGACCAUGACGAUGAGAAUCAAGGCUAUUGGGAAGGAAAGGUCACCAACACCCGCUUUGGCUCGUUCCCCCACAGCACUCUGAUCGGACAGCCCUGGGGCUCGCAGAUUGUCGCUUCGAAAGUCGACACAGGUUCGCGCGGUCGCACCCAAUCCGCUAAGCGCAAGGCAGAGGAGCUCGAUGCCGAGGCAACAACAACUGGCGCAGAAGAGGAGAAGAAGAAGAAGCCAUCAUUAAGAGCCCCCGUCUCUGCGGAGAGUGGGUUCCUACACAUCCUUGCCCCGACUCCCGAAGCAUGGACCAUAUCUCUUCCACACCGCACGCAGGUCGUCUACACCCCAGACUACAGUUACAUCCUCCACCGACUCCGCGCACGACCGGGGUGUACAGUCAUUGAAGCCGGAGCCGGCAGCGGCUCGUUCACGCACGCCUCCGCUCGCGCCGUUUUCAACGGUUUCGAAUUCCACGAACAGCGCGCGGCCAAAGUGCAGAAGGAACUGAGAGAUCACGGUCUCGACGGGAUAGUGGAGGCUACGCAUCGCGAUGUCUACGAAGACGGAUUCCUGUUGGGCGAUCCCAAGACCGGCAAAUCACCCAAAGCCAACGCCAUCUUCCUGGAUCUUCCUGCUCCCUGGCUCGCGCUGAAACAUCUCACGCGCACUCCGCCACCCGGACAGGAAUCGGCUUUGGACCCUGAAUCCCCAGCUUAUCUGUGUACAUUCUCGCCCUGUCUCGAGCAAGCAGAGCGUACAAUUCGCACUAUGCGCAAGCUAUCAUGGCUCAAUAUUUCAAUGGUGGAAGUUGCCCAGCGUCGGCUAGAUGUCAAGCGGGAGCGUAUUGGUCUGGAUACCGAAGGCGUGCGCGGAGCUACACUGUUUCCUAAGACCGUCGAGGAGGCAGUCGCAAAACUUCGCAGUGAUGAACAACGUGCCAAGCUCAUCCGGGACAACCGAUUGACCAAAGACCAGCCAGAUUAUCAGCCGAUUGCGAAGGAGACGCCGUUCUAUAAGGAGAAGACCGAUAUCCCUGUAUAUGCCCAGGGUCGCUUGACGCAUCGAUCAGAGCCGGACCUCCGAACUCACACCUCAUACUUAGUCUUUGCGAUCUUGCCUCGGGCUUGGUCUGAAGAAGAUGAGCAAAAGUGCCGGGAUCAAUGGCCAUCUGCCAAGGUCGUUAGGUCCGACAAUGAGCCGAAGACAAGCAAGAAGCAAAUGAAGAGACAGGCUGCCAUGGAACGGGCAAAGCUCCGCGAAGAACAGAAGCAGUCGGCGGAAAAGCCACAGCCAGAAUCGGGGGAUAAGGCUGAGGAAGAAGGGACCAAGCAAGAAGAGAUCAAGCAAGAAGAGAUCAAGCAAGAAGAGAUGAAGGAAGAAGAGAUGAAGGAAGAAAGCACCGAGGCAUGA